CUCCGCCCUCCCGCCUGCAUCUCCUCCUUUUCAGCAGUAAAGCGCGUACUAAAUGCAUCCAGGCAGCAUCGGCACCCCCAACCUCGAUCUAGCCAAGGAUCAAGCGCCCUGGUUCUCUAUACGGACGCCCACCUGAUCGCCUUUUCUUCCCAAAGGCGUUGGUCUACCACAGGAGAGACCUGGAAACCAUCUUCUAUGGCCCCCAACAAGAAAAAGAAGAAGCCAGCCGGGAAUCCCGCGCGCGGCUUUGCAACGACUUCCAUCGCGAGCAAGCCGAAGCAGGAAAAGACAGCCGCUCCAAAGGAAGAAGCGGCCGUGCCAAAGCAGGAAACCGCCGUCUCACUGGAACCCGUCUCGCAAACCCCUCAGAGCAAACCAUCGCGUACGGAGGUUGAACAAACCCCGGAAGAGCUAGAGGCUCAGCUCGAGCGCGACGAGCUUCAAUUGCUUGUUGAAAAGCAUGCAUCAAAGGCACGGCGAGAAUCCCGCCGACAGGCCUUGAAGAUCCAGACCGACAGACGUGUUCUCCGUGGCCAGUCCGAAUCAGUCACUGUACAUGACUGGCUCUCCAAGGACAUCAUGGAAAACAUCAUCUCCCUUGCUCAAGCCGAGUCGACAGACUCAAACUUACGCCAGGGCCAGCACUCGCUGUUGAAGAUUCUUUCCGAAGACGAUGCCAUAUCCAAGCUGUGGAUGUUAGACUUGACGUUACGUGACUUAGGCUUCUCUUCCAGCCACAUUGAGCCCGUCCUGCGUUGGGUCUGCGCUAAUGCUGUCAAUGUCGAUACUCCUGCCGGUAUAUGGGGCCUGCAAGAGGCACUAGAGUGGCUAGCUCUCGGUCACUGCGAUGAUUCUUCGUUCUCGUACGAACAACCAAAGACGAGACGUCCUGUGGCGGAUACCCCAGACUCGUCGCGGCCCGGCACCCCUCUUCCCAGUGUUUUCACUGUCGAUUCAGUCAAAGGCUCAGAUGGCGAGAUAUCCAGGGCUUCCACUCCGAAUUUGCCUGCCCAUGCUAACGUCCCGCAUGCUGAAACCGAUGACAGCGAAAUAGCCGUCAGCGAUUUGGACAGCGAUCUAGAGCUAGAUCAACUAGUUCCCGCCUAUCUCAGGAUCAAGGGCAAGUUGUUCGAAAUUGACCCUGAUGCAGUUGAGUCAAAACCACGGAAGCAAGCCAAAGGCGCUAAAAGUCGAAAUGCGAAGACAGCCAAUGCAGCUCGGCCUCCGGCAGUCCGAAAGCUUCUGUCACAGCUCCAGCAGCUGGAGUCGGAUGCUCUAUUUGACCAAGCAGAGGCUGACGCACAGUGGCCUGAGAAACGAAAUCAGAUUGCCCAGAUGAAAGCGGCCCAAAGACAAGAGCAGAACGCUCCAUCAACUGCCCCAAAUGUAACUGUUGGAGCGACGAGGGGUCCGCUAUCCCCAAGCGUGAAUGGGGACCCAGACUCCCAGUCAGAAGCAGCCGGUUCCCUCUUCGACGGCGAUGACGCCGGGUUGUUGGGCGAUAUGUUCUCCGCCGUCCCGGACCAGCACGCCCCAGGCGAAGUAGCUACCGAGAGCGCUACGUCCAUUAUGUUGCGUGAUUUUGGCAAACGGACCGGUUUGUCUCCGAGGCGACUCUUAGAGGAAGCGGUUCGCUCGAGAGAUCCUGGAGCUCGAGUAGCAUAUAAGCUGGUCUCCCCUACUACCUAUUCGUGCCGACAUUCAUUAGUCAUUACCUGGUCCAAGGAACAAGUCAUCGACUAUGACACGGAAAUCCUUGGGGUGAGCUGCACCGUUUCGCGGACUCAAGCCAAGUUUGAAGCGUCCACCUUGGCUGCCAUCUCAAUCGACCAGAGCGAGAGCUUUAUUGCUACUGCGGCCCUUUUCUCUAUCUCAGCGUCUUCCACCAAGGAAGAGAAAGUAUAUCUCCGACUGCCGUCUAACUGGAGGGAGCUUUACAGAGAUUUCCUCGAACAUCGGAAAAACCGCGUUGAUAGUGCAGAUCGCGACACAGUCAAACACUUACGUUCCCUCAUCCAAGACCAGUUGGAAAAUGAGGAAUCUGAAGGUGUCGUACUUACCAGCCGAUUCAAGAUGCGAAACCAGGCGGCAGCAAGCUCGAGCGUGUCCAGCUCCGGCCACAGCACGCCUUCCGAGAACUCACAGGUUCUUAGGGAUUUAUGGAAUCAAAAGUCGUCCACAACUGCAUUUCAACGUAUGCUGUCCUUUCGAUGGACGCUUCCCGUUUUCGGAUUCCGCGAGUACAUUAUGUCGACAAUCGAGAAGCAUCAGGUAACGCUCAUUUGCGGUGAGACUGGCUGUGGGAAGAGCACGCAAAUUCCAUCAUUUGUCCUCGAACACGAGCUCUCUCUCGGCAGGACUUGCAAGAUAUUUUGUACUGAACCCAGACGCAUUUCAGCGAUAUCAUUGGCUCAGCGUGUCAGCGACGAGUUGGGCGAAGCACCAAAGGAUCUCGGGACGCCUCGCUCUCUAGUUGGCUACGCUAUCCGAUUAGAGACCAAAACCUCGGCCCAGACUAGGCUUGUGUAUGCUACUGUAGGUGUAGUUUUGCGUAUGUUGGAGUCCUCGCGGGGUCUGGAAGAAGUCACGCAUUUGAUCAUUGACGAAGUCCACGAGCGAAGCAUCGACACCGAUUUCCUACUCAUUAUUCUUCGCUCCCUCAUGGUCCUCCGACCUGAGUUGAAGGUUAUAUUGAUGAGUGCUACUGUCGAUGCACAGCGAUUCUCGAAGUAUCUCAACGAUGCACCAGUCUUGAACGUUCCCGGCCGGACUUUCCCCGUCGAAACGAAGUAUCUAGAGGAUGCCAUCGAGAUGACCCACUACAGCGCAUCGGCCGAAGACCGACUCGACGAUUCAGACACCAGCGGAGCGGAAGAGGAUGGGCCCAAGGACAAGUCAGGUAUUCCAAGCCAGCUAUCGGGCUAUAGCUCAGCGACCCGCAACGUACUAUCAAACUACGAUGAGUACGCCAUCGAUUACGAAUUGAUUGUCAGCCUGGCCGAGACUGUUGCAUACGACCCGCAGCUGAGCAGAUACAGCAACGCUAUUCUAGUCUUCCUUCCCGGCAUCGCAGAGAUCCGCCAGCUCAACGAUAUGCUAAUCGCCCACCCUUCAUUCAAACAAAACUGGCUGAUCUAUCCUCUGCAUUCCACCAUAUCGAGCGAAGAGCAACAAGCAGCAUUUCUGCUUCCGCCCCCUGGCGUCAGGAAGAUUGUGCUUGCGACCAAUAUCGCAGAGACAGGUGUUACCAUUCCCGAUAUUACCUGCGUAAUAGAUACUGGGAAACACAAAGAGAUGCGCUUCGACGAGCGUAGACAGCUAUCGCGCCUUACGCAGUCGUUCAUCUCACGUGCGAACGCCAAGCAGCGGCGAGGUCGUUCCGGACGCGUUCAAGAGGGCCUCUGUUUCCACCUCUUCACGAAAUACCGCCACGAUAACCUGAUGACGAAUCAGCAGACGCCGGAAAUGCUGAGACUAUCGCUUCAAGAUCUCGUCAUGCGCACCAAGAUUUGCAAGCUCGGGGACAUCGAGAAAACGCUCUCUGAAGCUUUGGAUCCGCCAUCCUCGCGCAACAUUCGUCGCGCAAUAGACGCACUUAUCGAAGUUGAUGCCCUCACUACGAACGAAGAGCUUACGUCUCUUGGACGCCAGAUUGCGAAGCUUCCGCUAGAUGCGCAUCUUGGCAAGCUUGUCCUAUUAGCAAGCGUCUGUGGCUGUGUUGAUGCCGCAAUCACUAUUGCUGCCGUCCUAUCCUCCAAAUCGCCAUUCCUCACACCCUUUGGCGCGCGUCAGCGGGCAGACGCCGCUCGUCUAUCGUUCAAGAAGGGCGAUUCAGACUUGCUGACGACGUACAACGCUUACAAAUCCUGGAAGGCCGUUUGCACUACGCGAGGUCGUUCUGAGACGCAAUUUUGUCAUAAGAACUUUCUCAGCUCCCAAAACCUGGGCAACAUUGAGGAUCUCAAAGCACAGUUGUUGUCAUCUUUGGUUGAGGCAGGUUUUAUCCAAAUGUCGGCCGAUGAGCGUCAGGCACUUAGCCGCUACCGUAGCAGUCCUCGAUAUCGCAUGUUCGUCACGGUGCCAGCGCAAUAUGGCGUUCACUCCGACAACGAUAUCCUCGUCAACUCAGUUAUCGCGACAGCCCUUUAUCCGAAGAUACUCACCCGCGAGGGGAAGGGUUGGCGCAACAUCGCGAACAACCAGACCGUUAGUCUUGCGCCCACGUCGGUCAACAAAGCUUCAUCCAUCAAUCCUAUUACCGCAAAGUAUCUCUCCUACUAUCACAUCAUGCAGUCCUCGAAUAAGUUUUACAAUGCCCACUCGACAUCCAUCGUACAUCCUCUUCCCAUGAUCCUAAUGGUCGGAGCGGAUUUAGACUUUAAGCUACAUGCCGGCGUUAUUAGCUCGCCGGGCAACGCGCUCCGGUUUGCGGUCAAAGAUUGGGAGGCAGCCGUCGCUUUGAAGGUGCUACGUCGACGGGUUAAGGAGAUCUUGGCCGGCAGUUGGAAGAAUCCGGGUCGACAUAUGAGUGGUCGGGAGAGGGAGUGGUUGGGUUUGUUCUUCAAGAUUUUUGAUGACCGCUUCGAGCGUGAGAAUCGAAUUCGGGAACGGGGUGCCGCGAAGGGCAAAUGAAAAGGCUGUUAUUCUCGCAGCAGCCUUAGCUUUGGUAAGCUUGUGGUAGCGAGCCCUCCGUGUAGGGUAACAUUGUUGGCUUAUCCCGAAUACACAUCCAGGCAUCACAAGGACGUCC